AUGACCCAGGAAAGAGGCAACUUUUCACAGUGUACAAGGAAUAUGGAAGAACAAAAUCUAACAGGUGUCUCAGAAUUUCAUCUCAUGAGGCUCUCAGAGGACCCCGACUUGCAGCCCAUCCUCUUUGGACUGUUCCUGUCCAUGUACCUGGUCACAGUGCUUGGGAACCUGCUCAUCAUCCUGGCUGUCAGCUCUGACUCCCACCUCCACACCCCCAUGUACUUCUUCCUCUCCAACCUGUCCUUGGCUGACAUUGGGUUUAUCUCCACCACAGUCCCCAAAGUGAUUGUGAACAUCCAAACUCACAGCAGAAUCAUCUCCUAUGUGGGCUGCCUGACACAGAUGUCUCUUUUUGCCAUUUUUGGAUGUAUGGAUGACAUGCUUCUGACUGUGAUGGCCUAUGACCAGUAUGUGGCCAUCUGUCACCCCCUACACUACUCAGCCAUUAUGAACUCUCACCUCUGUAUCUUCUCAGUUUGUCUGUCUCUUUUGUUCAGCCUUUUAGAGUCCCAGUUGCACGUUUUGAUUGUCUUAUAUUUUACCUAUUUCAGGGAUAUGGAAAUCACUAAUUUCUUCUGUGAACCUUCUCAAGUUCUGGAGCUUACCUGUAUUGAUACCUUUACCAAAAAUAUGUUUGUGUAUACUGUUGGUGCCAUUUAUGGUUUUUUUCCUCUAACAGGGAUAAUUUUCUCUUAUUAUAAAAUUGUUUCUUCCAUUCUGAGGAUCCCAUCUACAGGUGGGAAGUACAAAGCCUUCUCCACCUGUGGGUCUCACCUCUCAGUUGUUUGCUUAUUUUAUGGAAUAGCCAUUGGAGUGUACUUUACUUCAGCAGUGUCAAAUUCUCCUGGAAAGAUCACUGUGUUCUCUGUGAUGUACACUGUGGUCAUCCCUAUGCUGAAUCCCUUCAUCUACAGCCUGAGGAACAGGGACAUUAAAAUUGCCCUGAAGAAGCUGCAGAGCCGAGUAAUAUAA